CUCAUUCCCGGGUACGAGUCUCUGUCCUCACCGGCAGCUUUUGUGUACCACCGUGCGCAACCAUGGCCCCCAAGAAAAUCUGCGUCGUUGGCUCAGGAAACUGGGGCUCUGCCAUUGCCAAAAUAGUGGGGGCCAAUGCUGCCAAAUACGACACAUUCGACACCACGGUGAACAUGUGGGUGUUUGAGGAGACCAUCAACGGGCGCAAACUCACAGAAAUCAUCAACAAUGACCAUGAAAAUGUCAAGUAUCUGCCCGGACACAAGCUGCCCCCCAACGUGGUGGCGGUCCCAGAUCUGGCGGAGUCGGUGAAAGGAGUGGACAUCCUCAUAUUUGUGGUGCCUCAUCAGUUCAUCGUCAGAGUCUGUGACACCAUCAAAGAUCACAUCAAGAAGGACGCGGUGGGCAUGUCUCUUAUCAAGGGCGUGGAUGCGAGUCCCGAGGGCCUAAAGCUGAUCUCUGAAGUGAUCCGGGCCAAACUGGGCAUCACCACGACGGUCCUGAUGGGCGCCAACAUCGCCAACGAGGUCGCAGAAGAGAAGUUCUGUGAGACCACCAUCGGUUGCAAAGACAAAUCUCUGGGGCCCAUUUUGAAGGAGCUGAUGCAGACCACAAACUUCCGCGUCACAGUGGUGGAGGAGAGCGAUGUGGUUGAGAUCUGUGGAGCGCUGAAGAACAUCGUGGCGGUGGGAGCAGGUUUUUGCGAUGGUCUCGGUUUUGGAGACAACACAAAAGCUGCAGUGAUCCGUCUGGGUCUGAUGGAGAUGAUCGCGUUUGCUAAAGUCUUCUGCACAAACUGUCAAGUGUCCGCCGCCACCUUCCUGGAGAGCUGCGGCAUCGCCGACCUCAUCACCACCUGCUAUGGAGGAAGAAACCGCAAGAUCGGAGAGGCCUUCGCCAAAACAGGCAAAACGAUUGAAGCGUUAGAAAAUGAGCUGCUGAAUGGACAGAAACUCCAAGGUCCUGCCACAGCAGCUGAGGUCAACCAGGUCCUCACACAGAAAAACAUGGUGGAGAAGUUCCCUCUCUUCACUGCGGUCUACCAGAUCUGCUUCAAUGGCCAUCCAGUCACAGAUUUCAUCAAAUGUUUGCAAAACCACCCAGAGCAUAUGUAGCCUGAGCCGCGCCCCCUUCGAACUGACAAUAAAUGACUACUGUAACUGACAUCUUAACAACGCACUCACAAAUUACUUUACCUCUUUACGAAUAGUUGUUCAAUAUGUGUGUUAAUAAUAAUUUAAUAGUUAUUGUGUAUUGUACAUGUCAGUCUAACUCAAAAGUGCCUCAAAUGUGUACUACGAAAAUUACUGGAGGAGGAUCCGUUACCUGCUUGUCGCCAUGGAGAUGUUAUUGUUUUGCAGGGAAAUGUUCCACAGUAAAGUACAGUAUUAAACUUGUAUACAGUAUCGUGUAUUUCUGUAAUUACAGGUGCUUUUUAUUGCUAAAAAUCUCCUGAAUAGGGAUGUAACAAUAUCCUAAUCUCUUGGUACGAUAUUGUCACGAUAUACAUCUCACGAUACGAUAUUUAUUGCGAUAUUUUGGAGAGGCUGAUAUAAUUGUAGAUAGGACACUUUUUUGCUUUUUAAAUACAUUGACAAGAUUUUGGUGUGAAUUGUUACUGUCAUAAUCCCAAAAAUUCAAGUAAAAAACAUAUAUCUUCAUGUUGUCUGCGCUGAAAUGAAUCAUGGGAUAUGUAGUUAUUAGCUAUUGCUACUUUAAAACAAUACAUUUAAGCAAAGGAUCUUGUAAUUUGCUAUAUUAUGACGCCCUACUGUAUUAUUGUGAGACUUCUGACGAUACGAUAUCAUAUUUUUCGGUUAUUGUUACAUCCCUAAUCCUGAGCAGUAUGCAUUCUUACUGGAGCAGGGCCACCUCUGCACAGAUCUGACCUGUAACUGUCUCCAUGGACAAAAAAAAAAUCAUGUCAUACUAAGGAGCAUUCUAGACAAAGAUCUCCGUAGAGAAAAGCAGGUGCUGGACCCUCAAGUAGUGCACUUUUAACUUAACUGUGAUUUUUAAAUAAACACAUUUGUUCUGUUUUUUUUUUGUUUU